CGGUUCCCAGUAUGGCGGCCACCUGGCCCGCUGGGACUGCAGCUCCGGAGGCUUUAGUCGCCCAGCUCCUGGGUGUGUUAUGGUUCGUGUCAGUCACCACGGGACCUUUGGGGGCUGCUGCCACUACCGCCGUCGGGGGCGAAGAGACGCUUAAGUGCGAGGACCUCAAAGUGGGACAAUAUAUUUGUAAAGAUCCAAAAAUAAAUGAUGCCACACAAGAACCAGUUAACUGUACAAACUACACAGCUCACGUUCCAUGUUUUCCAGCACCCAACAUAACUUGUAAGGACUUCAGUGGCAAUGAAACACAUUUUACUGGAAGCGAAGUUGGUUUUCUUAAGCCCAUAUCUUGCCGAAAUGUAAAUGGAUAUUCCUACAAAGUGGCAGUUGCUCUGUCUCUUUUUCUUGGAUGGUUGGGAGCAGAUCGAUUUUACCUUGGAUACCCAGCCUUGGGUUUGUUGAAGUUUUGCACUGUAGGGUUUUGUGGAAUUGGAAGCCUAAUUGAUUUCAUUCUUAUUUCAAUGCAGAUUGUUGGACCUUCGGAUGGAAGUAGUUACAUUAUAGAUUACUAUGGAACCAGACUUAUAAGAUUGAGUAUUACUAAUGAAACAUUUAGAAAAACACAGUUAUAUCCCUAAAUAUUUUUGAAAAGAAACAGUUUUGAGCCUCCUUGAUUUUAACAGAGAACUCCUUCCCGGUGUGUGAAUUUCCAAAUUUGUCUUUUUCCUUCUUUACACACCACUUUAUGAGUUCUCUAUAAUUUUUUGUUAUUGAUAAUUUUGUUUUGUUGUUUUAGUUAAAAACGUAUUAUUCUGAGAUUUCUUUAAUAGGACUUUCUUUGAGAGCUGUAUGAUAAUAAAGUCUUCUAAGGCUACUAUCUCUAUGAGAUAGAUAGCUUAUUACCCCAAUAUUCUUUAAUGUCUUUUCCAAAGGCAAGUUGCCACUUGUCAUUUUUGCUUCUGAAAAAUAAAAAUAUGACUUAUUCACA